GAAAAGAGGAAGAUAAACAACCAAGAAGCUGAACUAGUGCAUUGACAUCAUGAAGAUGGUUGAGAAUACAGCACCAAGGAGCCAUCCCCACCAAGUUUACCAUGUCGCCGUUGACAUCCAUGCACAAACUGGCUCCAACCGGCAAGACGAUUAUACUCGCCUUAAGCGAACUGGAACUGUGUGGACUACAUGUGCUCAUAUCAUAACAGCUGUGAUUGGGUCCGGGGUUCUGUCGUUGGCCUGGGCCAUAGCUCAGCUUGGAUGGAUUGCUGGUCCUGCUGUUAUGUUCUUGUUCUCUUUGGUCACUUACUAUACUUCUACUCUGCUCUCUGCUUGUUACCGAACUGGGGAUCCAGUCAAUGGCAAAAGGCACUACACAUAUAUGGAUGCUGUUCUCUGCAAUCUUGGUGGAGCUAAGGCCAAGUCAUGUGGAUUUGUUCAGUAUCUUGUCCUCUUUGGAGUUGCCGUUGGUUGCACCAUAUCAUCAUCCAUAAGCAUGAUGGCAGUCAAGAGGUCAAAUUGUUUCCACAAGAGUGGAGGCAAAGAUCCAUGCCAUAUGAAUGCCAAUCCAUACAUGAUUGCUUUUGGGAUCGCGGAAUUUUUUUUCUCGCAGAUUCCUGACUUUGAUCAGCUAUGGUGGCUCUCCAUUAUCGCUGCUGUCAUGUCCUUCACUUACUCAUUCAUCGCUCUUAGACUUGGCAUUACAAAAGUUGCAGAGAAUGGAAAACUCAUGGGAAGCCUAACUGGUAUCAGCAUUGACACUAUAACCCAAACCCAUAAGAUAUGGAGAAGCUUCCAAGCACUUGGCUAUAUUGCUUUUGGGUAUUCCUUCUCCAUCAUCCUCAUCGAAAUUCAGGACACAAUCAAAUCCUCACCCUCGGAGGCCAAGACAAUGAAGAAAGCAACUCUAAUAAGUGUCGUAGUGACAACGCUUAUCUACAUGCUUUGUGGCUGCUUUGGCUACGCAGCUUUUGGAGACAUGUCCCCUGGAAAUCUCCUCACAGGCUUCGGCUUUUAUAACCCAUAUUGGCUAAUGGAUAUCGCCAAUGUUGCCAUCGUAGUCCACCUUGUCGGUGCUUAUCAAGUCUACUGCCAACCCCUCUUUGCCUUCAUUGAAAAAACAGCAGCACAGAGAUUCCCAGACAGCGACUUCAUUAUCAAAGAAACCAAAAUCCCACUUCCUGGUUCCCGUUCCUACAACCUGAACCUCUUCAGAUUGGUUUGGAGAACAUGUUUUGUGAUCUUGACCACUUUGAUUUCAAUGCUGCUUCCUUUCUUCAAUGACAUAGUUGGUCUGCUGGGAGCUUUCGCAUUUUGGCCAUUAACUGUUUACUUCCCAGUUGAAAUGUACAUAGCACAAAAGCAAAUACCCAGGUGGAGUGCAAGGUGGCUCUGCCUCAAAAUCUUAAGUUCUGCAUGCCUAAUAAUUACAAUAGCUGCUGCUGCUGGCUCCAUUGCUGGAAUGGUUGGUGAUCUCAAGUCUUUCAAGCCCUUCAAGACCUCUUAUUGAAUUAUUUAGAUUCUUUGUUGAACCAUUAUUACAUGUAAAUUUUUGUCGUCUACAUCUAUUGGUAUUCUGGGACUUUGGCCUUGACAUAUUCCUUUGUGUUCGACUAUAUUUUAAAGAUAAUUUGAAGUUGGCGUGAAAGCUCCCAAAUUUUCUGACCGACUAGUAAAACCCAGUGAGUGGGUGCUAG